AUUAUAAUCUUAUCACAACUUACCAACCUUUAUAUUGCAGCGACUUCAAAUUGUGCUAGAGAGAUGAAAUUAUUAAGCGUUUUUAUACUAUUUGUGGCUUUAUACGAAAUUCACGCAUCACGUUUGUGUGGUGAUACUCUGGUACAAGUAUUGCGUAUGGUCUGUAUAAAUGGAUUUCCUACAAUGACUAAAAAAUCUAGCAAUAACCUUGUACUGCAUGAUAUGGACAUUCUAGACAAAUUCAAAUCGAAUACACUGUUAAACGAUUUUAUGUACGGUAACCCUAUCAACUUAUUGGCAAAAACGCGAAAGCAGCGUCAUUUGCUUGGAGUUGUCGAUGAGUGUUGCCGCAAUGAAUGUACUCUAGAGGAAUUAGCAGAAUAUUGCUUGUAAUUCUGAUAUGAGUUAUUGCUCUCAAGGCGUUCAAGGCAUCGAUGACAUGUAAAAAUCUUAACUUUCACAUACUUUUAUUGUAUCCAACAUUAACU